AUGGCGGGUGGGGGACAGGGAGGGGAGGAGGGGGUGCAUUAUCAAAGACAACCAGAGAGGUUGACGAAGACGCAGCAGGAGAAGGCGGCGACGGCGAAAUUGAAGUUGGAGCAUUUCUAUAAGGUUGCUGUUGAGCAAGCUGUUGAGCGGAAUCAGCGACGACUCGAGGCUGAACAGAGACUGGCCCAAGACCGGGGAUCUGAGGAGAGAAAACAGAGACAGUUGAGAAGUUUGGGAGAGAAGGAGAGUCAGUACUGUAGAUUACGACGAACCAGACUCGGCCUCGAUGAUUUCCAUACCGUGAAGGUCAUCGGAAAGGGUGCUUUUGGAGAGGUCCGCUUGGUACAGAAAGUCGAUACCGGCAAGAUUUACGCCAUGAAGACACUUCUCAAGUCCGAGAUGUUCAAGAAGGAUCAGCUCGCACACGUCCGUGCAGAGCGUGAUGUCCUCGCCGAAUCUAACUCCGAAUGGGUUGUGCAGUUGUUCUACUCAUUCCAGGAUGUGAAUUAUCUGUAUUUGAUUAUGGAGUUCUUGCCCGGUGGUGAUUUGAUGACGAUGUUGAUUAAGUGGGAUACGUUUAGUGAGGAUGUGACGAGGUUUUAUAUUGCGGAGUGUGUGUUGGCGAUUGAAGCGAUUCAUAAGCUUGGGUUCAUUCACCGUGAUAUCAAGCCUGACAACAUCCUCAUCGAUCAGUCUGGUCACGUCAAGCUCUCCGACUUUGGUCUCUCGACAGGUUUCCACAAGACUCACGACUCGGCAUACUACCAGCGUCUUCUCACAGCACCAAAGCCUUCAUCCUCGUCAUCGAACCCUCAAACUCAGAUCCAUCUGACCUUGAAGGAGCGCGUGGCAACUUGGAAAGCAAACCGUCGUGUCAUGGCUUACUCCACCGUCGGUACGCCCGACUACAUCGCCCCCGAAAUCUUCCUCCAGCAAGGCUACGGCAUGGAAUGCGACUGGUGGUCCCUCGGCGCAAUCAUGUUCGAAUGCCUUGUCGGCUGGCCCCCCUUCUGCUCCGAAAACGCCCACGAAACAUACCGCAAAAUCAUCAACUGGCGCGAACAACUCUACUUCCCCGAAGACGUCCACAUCUCCGCCGAAGCCGAGGACCUCAUCCGUCGUCUCAUCACUUCCGCCGACCACCGUCUCGGCCGCCACUCUGCUGACGACCUCAAGGCGCAUCCGUUCUUUGCGGGUGUUAAUUGGGCGACGAUUAGACAGGUUGAGGCGCCGUUUAUUCCGCAGUUGAAGAGUAUUACUGAUACGAGUUACUUCCCGACGGAUGAGUUGGAGGAUGUGCCGGAUGCGCCGGCGGUUGCGGCGAUGAGGCAGCAGCAGGAUACGGCGGGUGCGCAGCAGAGUGGGAAUGGAGUUGCGGAGACUGGAAAGGAUUUGGCGUUUGUUGGGUAUACGUAUAAGAGGUUUGACAUGAUGACCAAGAAGGGAAUGUGGUAG